AUGGCCGCCGACGAAGAAAUCGCCCUCAUAAUUGUGUUUGUAAACUUCUGCAGCGCAAUCUGGAGUUACUUUUGCAUCACCGCGUCGCUGGACCGGCGCAAUAGAGCCUACGACGUUAUCCACGACUCUGAGUUAGCCUGGCAUGCAUUCUGGUCCUCUUGUCAGACCUUUGCAAUCCUCGUCUCAAUAACCAACGUCGCCCUCGUCAUCUACGUCACAAUCCGUACUUUUGGAUCCUUCAUGGAGAGGCUCAAGAGCACACAAGGCAUCUCUCGCAAGGCCGUCAUUGGCUUCUGUGGUGUUGCUGCGCUACUUUUGCUACUGCCGGCCAGCUUUAUUCCGUAUAACCUCACGAGAAUCAAUACCGAUAGGCUCGAUGAGAAUAUUUUCAUCCACUGGGAUGGUUAG